GCGGGGGGCGGGAGCGACACAGAGAAACACGCGGGUUGGCUGCCUCCUGUUCCCACCGACCUGGGCCCGGGGAACCUGCAACCAAGGUCCAUGCCCUUGACCCGCGACCCUCCAGUCCCGCGCUGAUGCUCUACCCGCCCAGGGCACAGGCCGGGCUGCCGCGGCCAUUUCUCUGUGAGCCUGUGCUGAGCAGUUGUGGGCUGUUGGAAGCCGCGACCUGGUGAUUCUGAAAAGGAGCCAGAAGAGCCCAGAUGAAAAGCCCUGCUUCCUCUCCCUGCGCUGUGACCCCAGUGGAGGUGAAGGAGUCGUUUCUGUUGGCAUUUUAAGUUCAGCAAGAAAUAUGGAAGUGUACUUAGGAGAGGAGUACUGUGGCACCAGUAGGGGCAGGAGUGUUGGUAAUGUGCUGGAUACCAGUGAACAUGAAAAGAUUAUUUUGUACAAAAAAUGUCUAAAAUUGGAGUCCGCUGCACAUGCUUGUAAAAUAAAGUUGCUCUCCUUUGGUGAAAAGCCGUGUGUGUUCGUCAGUAAAGUUGUGGUGCACGUGCGACCCGUCCCAGCAAAGUCUCCCACAAGCUCUCCUGCUCUGGGGUCCAGGGUGGACCUCGAGAGGGUCCAUGCCAUGGUGGAGGCCAUGGGGUCCACGCUGUCCCCUGGAGCUCAGCAGCUGAUGAGUAUGGUCAGAUUCCAGCAGCAGCCCUGUUCCCUGUGCCCGCAGCGCUGCCUUCCCCUGGGGGAGCAGCUGCAGGCGGUUCUGGGGAGCGCUGCCUCCAGGCGGAUGCUGGGCCUGUGGGCCUCCGCGCCCUCGGGAACCUGCGACAGGCCGACCUGCGCACCUGUGCCUCCCAGAGCCGGGCUGACUCCGGGACGCGGGACAGAAGACGUGACAGCUCCCGGGGAGGAGAACGCACGGCCCCCCGGGCGAGGGAACCCCGCACCCCUCGGAGAGUGGGACACUGCGCCCCAGAGCCAUCCUCUCCCCGGGAGGGACCUUCAGCUCGCAGCGGCGUCUUCCUUACCAAAGAGGCCGAGCGACAGCCCCGCGGCCCCUGCCCCCGAGCUGCUGCCCCUCCUGCAGGACGUGUGCGGGCAGGUGCGCCGGCUCCGUGGGGCUCAGAGCGCCGCGUGGCCGGGACACGUCCCCACGCCCAGCGAAGGCGGCCUUGGUGGCGGGAUGGGAGAGCCGCCCGCCUGCUCCUACUUGGAAAAGAUUCUGUGUAAGAACCUGGAGCUGAUGGAGAGGAGGCUGACGGACUACCUGGACGAGCGGCUGCGCGCCCUGCAGGAGCACGUGGAUGGCAAGGUGGCGCUGCUGGCGCACCUGCUGCAGAGCCCCGGCUCCCCGCCCCCGGGGCUGCCGCUCACACGCUAUGACUCUGGAGACAGACUCUCCAACGGAGAGAGAUAGGCGCUCCCGUGCGCCGUGCAUGCAGAUAUUUAUUACCUAUUUAUUACAACGCGACCCAAAGCUCCCAACCAGUGUCGAUGUCAUUGGAGGAUCAGCAUCCUACUUGCAUCAAGUGACCUCAGCGUUCAUUCCCUGUGCUUGUGUCGUCGUGACCCCCGGGCUGCAUGAGAGUGGAUGACCUUCCCUGAGUUUGUGACGUGAC